AUGGAACAAUUUUUCUUUGGAAUGAAUUUUGUUGGUGGUCUUGGAGAUUUAACAAAAGGGAAUUCUAAUGUUUUUAAAGAUGUACUUGGUAUCAAAGUGUCUCCUCUAACUUUAACAGAAUUUACAUCUUUGUACAAAAUUGAAUUUUCAGAGGAAGGAUCUAAGAAAAGAAUGCAAGAAAACAACACAAUUUAUUAUUUUGAAAUAUAUUUACAGGACUUGUUCGAAGGUAAAAUAAAUGAUUUGAUAUUUGAGAACCUCCUAGCAUUUAUUACAGGAGCUGACAAAGUCCCACCUCUUGGAUUCCCAAAACCAAUCACAUUAAAUUUUUAUGAUUUUACAGAUAAUGUAAAACGAUUACCAUUUUCCUCUACAUGUUCAUUAACAAUGAGUUUGCCCAGAGCUUGUAAAGAUGACUCAGAGUUUGCAGAACUGCUUUCAAGAUCAAUGUUAGAUAGCGUUGGUUUUGGAAAGUGUUAA